AUGUUCCAGCUCCAACUGCUUCUGGUGUACUAUCAAGCUUUCAUGAGUGGAUUUGCAGUACUCAGUUUCAUGGUAUUACCCCAGCCUGCCGUUGCCGAGUCCCUGACGCCCUAUUACUGGCUGCUCGUCCGGGACCAUGGCCAUGGAGAUGAUGAUGAUGAUGACGACGACGAUGAUCACCACUCCAGCAGCUCGACUACCUCCUCGAGUAGCACCACCUCCUCGAGUACGACUACUACCUCGAGCACAACUACCACCUCCUUGAGCACGACUACUACAUCAUCUAAGACCAGGACCUCCUCUACAACUUCUGGGUCCUCGGACAGCUCAUCCAGCCUGAGUGACUCCAGUGGGUCUUCAUCAUCUACCACCACUACCAGAGGGCAAGGUAGUAGCGACUCGUGCUCUGGAGAUCAGUGCACUGCAACUUCGUCGCAUGGUCUGAGCGCUUCUGCAAGAACUGGACUUGCCGUUGGCAUCAUUUUUGCAUUCUUACUGGCAGCAUGGGCGCUUUGGUGGUGGAGGAAAAGGCAACGAAACAUCGAGAACGCUCGAGCUCUUUCUCAGUCUACUCCUCCCAUUUCCUCGGAAGCCACGCGCUACGGACCUCCGGUUUCUACUUCGUUACGAGACGAUCGGCCGCUCCCUCCAUCCCCUCCUGAGAUCAUCGCACUCGCUACGUCGGCGGCGCGCUCAGAACAAGUUUCGCGUCAUUCAUCAUACGCCACGACUGCGAGCAAUGAGCCCCUUCUCAGCCCUGCAGACCGUUCCUAUCCAGUAUCGUCCUGGAAUAGGCACGCUUCACUCUCACCUACCUUGGCUAUGUCCCCAGCCUCAUACAGCGAGACAACUCCGUUCCUUCCCAACCCACGUGAUCCUUUCCUGAGCCAACCCCCUUCGACUUCUUCUCAUCACUCGGCCUCACAAGGGUCUUCAACGAGUCGUCACUCAAACCAUGCGACCUCGUUCACUCAGACCGACAUAGCCCCUGGGCCUUCCCAAUCGAGUCGCAGGCUAUCAACC